GUCCCUUUUCAUAACCCUAGAUCUUAGGGAGUAAUUUUAGGGUUUAGUAAAAACCUGACCCGGGAAGGAUCCCACCACUGCUAAUUAGGAGUGGACGCUGCCUUCCGUCUAGCAGGUCGAUAUAUCGUCACCAUCAUUGCUCCGGAAGGACCGUAGCGAGCCGGCCGUUCAUCGUCCCCAACGGCGUAGUCCUCUGCCCUGCGGCCAGCGCUUCUCUCGCGGAACGUUGUCUGCUGCACCUGCACGCUCGAAAAAACUCCAAUUGCCGUCUUUCAGACUCACUUCUCAGCUAGAUAUAAAUAUGGAAGGGGAUCACAUUGAAGAAGAAGAAGAUGAGUUUGGGUUCUCAAGGAACUAUUUUCUUUCAAAGGAAUUGGGCUCUUCUCGGAAAAAAUCUGCCCGUAAACUCUCGGACAUCCAAUUAGUUGGUGAAGAGGAAUUGAGGGAAGCUGCUACCAACAUUGAACCUAAACACGAAAAUGAAAUUAAAGAUUUGUUUGCAACUUAUAAGCUCUUGUAUUCAGAAUGGAAAUUUGUCUUAAGGCGUGCUAUUCGUUUAUGUGUGGUUUUGGGCUUCUGAUGCAUGGGUUUGGAUCAAAGAAGGCCUUGAUUGAUGAUUUUGCUUCAACCACUUUGACUGAGUAUUCAGUUGUCGUGGUUAAUGGUUAUCUCCCCUCAAUCAAUCUUAAGCAGGCAAUGAUAACCUUAGCUGAGCUGUUGUGGGACCAGCUGAAAGCAUUGCAAAAGAUAAGUUCAGGCAGCAAGUCUAAAAAUCAGCAACCUUUCAAUACCCGAUCAGUGGACAACCUUAUUGGAUUUCUGAAUGAGCCACCCCUAGAUACAAAUGACAAGGAUGAGUGCUUAGUUUGUGUUGUUGUUCACAAUAUUGAUGGGCCUGGGCUGCGUGAGCCUGAUAAUCAACAGUUACUUGCAAGGGUUGCAUCUUGUUCACAUGUGCGAAUUGUUGCUUCUAUUGAUAAUAUCAAUGCUCCUCUUUUAUGGGACAAGAAGAUGGUGCAUACACAGUUCAACUGGUACUGGCUCCAUGUACCCACUUUUGCGCCAUACAAUGUUGAAGGAAUGUUUUUCCCUCUAAUUCUUGCACAUGGGGGUAGUGCUCAAAGUUUGAAGACGGCUUCCCUUGUGCUUCAGAGUUUGACACCUAAUGCUCAGAACGUGUUUAAAGUUCUCGCAGAACAUCAGUUGGCCCAUCCUGAUGAUGAAGGGAUGCCGGUCAAUAGCUUGUACACCAUAUGCAGGGAGCGUUUCCUGGUGAGUAGCCAACUCACCUUAAAUGCACAUUUGACAGAAUUCAAGGACCAUGAGUUGGUUAAGAGCAAGAGGAAAUCUGAUGGUCAGGAUUGCCUGUGCAUUCCUCUCACCAAUGAUGCCAUUGAAAAGCUUAUCAUUGAGAUCAGCCAAUAGUUGCAGCAUUGGGUUGAGAAAUUCUUGAGCAAUUUGUGUAAAAACUCAAAAUUGAAGUAGUGCUUGUGAGGGGACUCUGAGCCAACGGCUUACCAAAUCAAGGGUCAUUGUUAACCAUUACUCCGGAUUAAUCAAUGCUUUAACAAAUUGUUGGUGACUAACAACUUUCUUUGUCUACUUUUUGAGUUUUUGUGCGGUUAGGGUGGUAACUGAAUAGAUGAUUUCAUCCAAAAAGAAGUUGUACUUUUUCAAAUUAUAGCAGUCUUGGUUGAAAGACUUGAAACGUGAUGUUUGGUAAACAUGAUUAUGAAACUCAAUGAUCACGCCGAAUUUUG